GCACCAACAACCAUACGACACAUUCAAAUGACCGGUUCGCCGUGAUGCUCUUAUCGACGUGUCAACCCGUCUUGGCACCUCCACAGAUCUAGGAUGGAUAUGGAGUAUCUGGGAGUGAGAGAAACGACAGCAUUCUAUCUAGCCGAUGAUGGAAUAUUAGUCAGGGAAGAGAAGGGAGACAGACUGGUUGCUUUGGAUGAAACGCUUCUCCGAGUCGAGGAGGUUCCCGAGCUAAGAGCAUACCCGUUGCUGACACAGGCUCCGCCCGCGACAUAUCUCCAGGUUCCAUGCGUACCUAUGAAUAGCCCCUGGGGUUUCAACUGCAAGAACAGUAUGAGGAGGGAGAUACGGAACUUGACUGAAAUCAGACACCCCAGUAUACCCACUAUACACGGGUACAGAGUAGUCCGCGGAUACAUCCUUGGGCUGUGCAUCGACAAGUACGACGUGGCCCUGCACCAAAUGCUGGAGCAAAAAAUGCAGUUUGACAAAGAACAGUUCUUUCGCAACGUAUGUGCUAUUGUCGCGGCCAUCCACGCCCAAGGAUAUGUCCACGCUGACAUCCAUCGGGGGAACAUCAUGGUCAAAAGCGACAACCCCGACGAGCCGUUCGUGAUUGAUUUCGACUCUGCAGAAAGGAUUGGGAGUGAGAUCAGCAGGCAAAGCAAGUACAUAAACUACUUGCAAAACAGGAUAUUCGAGCCUAAAGUCGACAUGGUGUUCUUGCUCUCACUCCGGAAGCAGCUUCAGCUGGACGGCAGCAUCCUGGCGUACUAUGGCGGAUACACGCAUGCUGCUGGGUGCAAUGUGGACACCUGUGGACUAACCACUGGGGACGCUAUGGACAGAGUUUGCUGACUCUUUCUAAUGCUUCGAGGGGCGACGAGCAGUCGCGGGUGGGUAGGUCUAGUAGCAGUUUUCUCGCAGUUUUUAUUAUUUAAAACACGGCUACCGGCCUCAGAGUGUCGUCUUUGUGCCCUGUUUCAUUUCUGAUGGCUAAGGACAAAGUCGUCAGGAUACCAUAACCAGCUGUCCCCAUGGCUAGCAGUAAAUUCCAAUCGGGCGUAUUUUUAC